CUUCAACUGAAAUUGCUGGAUACCUUUUUAUUUUUUAUUUUUCCUCUCCUGCCUUAUUUUGCUUAAUAAUAUCUUUUUAGUCUGGUUUUCUUCAACAGCCUUUUUCUUUCUUAAAUCUGGUCAUAACGUUUAUAUGCUAUUUAUUUGUCGCAGUCGGCCGACCCACAUAUAUUUGUUAUAGGAUACAGUAGCAAUGCGCGGUGUGGUUUAUUUUUUGCUUUUUGCAGCGACAGCAGUUUUUGGCAUCCCCUCUGAUCCGAUUCUGUCCAAGCGCAAUAUUGGCCGCAUUGUUGGCGGCGCCCAAGUACCCGCCGACGAGUACAAUUUUAUUGCAUAUGUCAAUAUCAUCAGCACAGAAUAUGGCGCGAGCUACUGCACCGGUAGUCUAAUUGCGCCCAACGUCGUCCUAACCGCAGCACACUGCGUCUACGCAACGCAAACUAUCCUACAUACAUCGGACCAACUGCACGUGCGAUUCACACACAUAACUCCAAAAUAUCCGACAACAAUUCCUAGUCACGAGGUCGUGAGCAUUAUCCCGCAUCCCAAAUUUGUUUUGAAUGAUUUGAAUGAUGACGUCGCGUUGCUUAUUCUCGCCAACGCAGUUUCUGACGAGGUAGCCGCCAAGGUAAAGCUGUACACGGGCGACUACUACUUGGACACACCGCUCGAGGCUGCAGGAUUUGGUGCCACCGAUCCGCUGAACAAAACAAAGGCCAAUACGCUUAUGAAGGUGGACCUUCAGGUUGGCAGUAUAUCAAUGUGCAGCAACUACAUAAGAGGCUACAACCGGGAGUACCUAAUAUGUACUGACGGAUCAGCUGGCAAGUCCACCUGCAACGGCGAUAGUGGAGGCCCGCUUCUCACACCCGUGGACAACGGCUCGGCUGGCUUUGCACUUCUUGGUUUGACUAGCUUUCAGUGGCGGCAAUACACAGUGAUAUCGUACUGAAUACUUAGUGGAUAAUUAAUACAUUUGUCAAAAGCAAGGCGUAUUUUAUUAAUUGGCCACAUUUGUGGGCAUGCAAGCCUCGAUUGACACGGCAGUGAUUGUACAAAUUACUCCAGCAGAUAUUGUUACCACUGUAUUGAUACACAGCUUGCAAUUUUAUUGUGCACUAGUCGGUCCUUUAAAAU